AUGCCCCGACGCGCAGCCACCGCACAACCGCUGGCCCGAGAUGCGUCACAUGUUGCUGACGCCGUUGCCCUCCUUGCACCAGAUCUCCCGCGCCAGCACGAUGCCUCGGGUUCUGCCGACGUCGUCGUCCGCCAAACGUCCCUCAUCCAACGCGCCACCGAUCAGUCGCCCAAGGGCUAUGCGCCGUCGCCCGUCGACUGUCCCACGAGCCGCCCGAAAGUGCGAGACGGCGGCGGCUUGUCGUCCCAGGAGAGGGAAUGGCUCCCCAAGCGCCGAAACGAAACCGUCGCCCCCAUCCGCGAGCUCCUGAAGCGCAUUGCCAUCCCCGACUUCGACAGCGAUGCCUACCUCAAGAAUGCCGCCAGCGACCCGACCGCGCUGCCAAACAUUGGGCUGGCCGUCUCCGGAGGCGGUUACCGCGCCAUGCUGAACGGUGCCGGUGCCGUUGCCGCCUGGGACAGCCGCUCGACUGGCAGUCAGACAAAGGGCAACUUGGGCGGCCUGCUUCAGAGUGCGACGUACAUCUCUGGUCUGUCUGGCGGGAGCUGGCUGGUGGGCAGCAUGUACACCAACAACUUCACUUCGGUCCAGGACGCCGUCAACGCGCCGCAAAUCUGGCAGUUUGACGAUUCCAUCCUCAAAGGUCCCGAGCAAUACAGCCUGCUACAGUAUUACAGCGAGAUCCUGGACGAUGUGGAUGCCAAGGACAAGGCAGGUUUCGAUCGGUCCAUUACUGAUUACUGGGGUCGCAUGCUUGCAUAUCAGCUCAUCAAUGCCACCAACGGCGGUCCGGGGUUUACCUACUCUUCCAUCGCAAACGACCCGGACUUCUCAUCCGGCAAGAACCCGCUUCCCUUGAUUGUUGCCGACGGUCGCGCCCCCGGCCAAAAGAUUAUCGCGUCAAACUCAACCAUCUACGAGUUCACCCCCUGGGAGUUUGGUUCCUUUGACCCCUCGCUCCAGGGAUUCGUGCCUCUUCAGUAUGUCGGCUCCAACUUCACCAAUGGCUCGAUUCCCGGCAACCAAAAGUGUAUUGUUGGCUUCGAUAAUGCCGGGUUCAUCAUGGGCACCUCGAGCAGUUUAUUCAACCAGAUUAUCAUGUAUAUCAAGGACGGAAACAGCAGAUACGUCCCCGAAGACAUUCCCAAGUUCGUCGUUGACGCUCUAACAACCUUCCUGAAUGCCCUGGGCGACGAGAGCAAUGACAUUGCAGACUGGACCCCCAACCCUUUCAAGGGCUGGAACACGGCCAAGAAUCCCAGCGCCAACGAGACCCGUCUCACCCUCGUCGACGGCGGGGAGGAUCUGCAAAACGUCCCCUACCACCCGCACCUGUUCCGCGAGAGACGCGUCGACGUGGUGUUUUCAAUCGAUUCCUCCGCCGACACGGACAGCAGCUGGCCGGACGGAGCGUCCGCCAUCGCCACCUACGAGCGCUCUCUGCAACCCUCCGUUGCCAACGGGACAGGGUUCCCCGCCGUCCCGGGCAAGGACACCUUUGUCAACCUGGGCCUCAACUCGAGGCCCGCCUUCUUCGGCUGCGACUCGUCCAACCUCACCGCGCCGUCGCCGCUCAUCGUCUACAUCCCCAACUACCCGUACAUCUACGAGUCCAACAUAUCCACCUUUCAAAUGGCCAUCAAGUCGGACGAGCGCGACGCCAUUGUGCAAAACGGCUGGGCGGUAGCCACGCAGCUCAACAGCACGCGCGACCCCGACUGGGCCGUGUGCGUCGGCUGCGCUAUGCUCGCCCGCAGCUUCGAGCGCACCAGGACGGCUGUGCCUGACAAGUGUAGGCAGUGCUUUGCCAACUACUGCUGGAAUGGGACGCUCAACGAGACGAAGCCCGCGCCGUAUGUGCCGAGUCUCUAUGGCAAGCCCAUCCUCUCCAAGAACUCGGGUGCUGCUGGUCAGGAGCUGAGCGCGAUGAUGACAACCGUGGGGCUGGUGGUUAUGGCUGUUACGGCGUUUAAUUUGUAG